CUAAUUAGUGCUUCAAAAUCACAUCUUUCUUUAAUUUUUUGACCUUUUGGGUAACAAUAUAAAUGGGAGAUUCUUUGGAGAAGACAAAAUCCAUAUUGUCUGUGGAUACUUGUGUUGAUUGGAGAGGCCGACCUUGUAACUCCAACAAACAUGGUGGAAUGGGAGCUGCUGCCUUUGUUCUUGGACUUCAAGCAUUUGAGAUGAUGGCUAUAGCAGCUGUUGGGAAUAAUCUCAUAACUUAUGUUUAUAGUGAGAUGCAUUUCCCUCUCUCUAAAGCUGCAAAUGUUGUCACCAACUUUGUUGGAACUGUUUUCUUGUUGUCUCUCCUUGGUGGCUUCUUGUCUGAUUCUUAUCUCGGUAGCUUUCGAACUAUGCUCAUCUUUGGCUUCAUCGAACUCUCUGGAUUUACAGUUCUAACAGUGCAAGCCCAUUAUCCAGGGCUAAGGCCAGCAGCAUGCGAGAUGGGGAGAAGUGGGGAGGGAGAUGAGUGCGAGGAGGCCAAAGGGUACAAGGCAUUGAUGUUCUUCUCAGCACUGUAUUUGGUGGCGUUAGGAAGUGGAUGCUUAAAACCAAAUAUAAUAUCACAUGGGGCAGACCAAUUCCAAAAGCAAGACCCUACACAGUUCAAAAAGCUGUCCACUUUCUUCAACUGUGCUUACUUUGCGUUCUGCACUGGCGAACUCAUUGCCUUGACUCUCCUUGUUUGGGUCCAAACCCACUCUGGCAUGGACCUUGGCUUUGGUGUCUCCACUGCCGCCAUGCUUCUUGCCUUGAUCUCCUUGCUCUCUGGCACUUCCUUCUUCAGAAACAACCCUCCUCGUGGCAGCAUCUUCACCCCAAUUGCUCAAGUGUUUGUAGCUGCAUUCACGAAGAGGAAGCAAAUCUGUCCUUCCAAUUCAGAGAUGCUUCAUGGAAGUCAUAAUGGCGUCGUCAAACUCCUCCACACCGACAACUUCAGAUUCCUCGACAAGGCUUGCAUAAAAAGCGAAGAAACGAGAGCGGGAACGAGAGACGAAAGUCCAUGGAAGCUUUGCACAGUAACACAAGUAGAACAAGUAAAAAUAAUUCUCUCAGUAAUCCCCAUAUUUGCAUGCACCAUAAUCUUCAACACCAUCUUAGCUCAACUCCAAACCUUCUCAGUCCAACAAGGAGCUUCCAUGAACACAACCCUAACCAACUCCUUCCAAAUCCCCCCUGCUUCCCUCCAAUCCAUCCCAUAUCUCAUCCUCAUCUUCCUCGUCCCUCUCUACGAAACCGCCUUCGUCCCCCUCGCCCGCCGUCUCACCGCCACCGACUCCGGCAUCACCCCACUCCAACGCGUCGGCACCGGCCUCUUCGUUGCCACAUUCUCCAUGGUCUCCGCCGCAUUAGUCGAGCAAAAGCGUCGACACUCCUCCAACCUCUCGAUCCUUUGGAUCGCACCGCAAUUCGUCAUUUUCGGCAUCUCCGAGCUCUUCACCGCGGUCGGGCUGGUCGAGUUUUUCUACAAGCAAUCUGUGGAAGGGAUGCAGUCGUUUUUAACUGCCAUGACUUAUUGUUCGUACUCGUUUGGGUUCUAUUUGAGCUCUUUGUUGGUGUCGGUUGUUAAUAAGGUUAGUGGUGGGGAGUCGGGUGGUGGGUGGCUUAGCCAUAAUGACCUUAACAAAGACAGAUUGGACCUGUUUUAUUGGCUGCUGGCGGGUCUUAGCCUUGUCAAUUUCUUUAACUAUCUCUUUUGGGCUAAUAGAUAUUCUCAGCUUGUGGCGCCUUGAAACAA